UAUCAUUGUUUACAUGAGUAAAGAGAUUUGGCGAAUUUACGUAAAAUAACGUUUACGACUGUUGUUUACCAUGUCACAAGAAGUAGACGAUGGAGUCCGAGAAGUGAUUCUCAGAAUGAAGAAGUUUUGUGAAGCGGAAAAGAAAAAUAAAGGCCUUCUAAUCCCACUAGCUAACGUUCGAGCUCGAGUUGCUGCUUUGACAGGUAUUUCUGAAAAAACUGUAUCUAGGAUUACUAAAGAAGGUAACAUUGCAACCAGGACAUGCAGUAAAAUGGUAACUCCAGGAAAAAUUCGACCACAUCCAAAAAAAUAUAAUCUCCAUGAGUAUCACGUCGGUGUCAUUCGAAAAAAAAUUAAUGAAUUUUUCUCUGAAAAUAACAAACUACCAACUGUUAAUAAACUGCGCCUGGAGUUACUAGAGGAUAUUGACUUUAAAGGAAGUAAUACCACUUUGCGAAGAAUAUUAAAAGAAAAGGGAUUUCGUCUUAAUAAGCCCUGUGAAACGAAAGAAAAUACAUCGAUGGAAAGCUCUAAUACAGUUCCAGAAGAGUCGAACCCUUCAAAUAAUGAAAGCGAUAGUCAAUGAAGUUGAACCAUCAAGUGAUCAUAAUAUUAUUUAAAUUAAAAAUUAAUAUUUGUAAGUUUGUAAAUAAUGCUACAAUACAAUAUAAGAGAUGACUGAUAA